AAUUGUCUGUUCAUUUUUCUGUUUAUUUUUAGAAGAUUGGAUUCAAUUAAUAUUAGAUCUCAUGUUUAUUCGAUGAGUCUUCAUAAUCACAAAAUCACUACGUUUACUAUCCUGUUUUAAUUAAAAAUAGUUUAAUUAACAAAGCUACAAUAAUGAAAUGCAAUAUUCGUGAACUCGCUCAUCUAAGCGAUCAGCCCUGCAUCAUAGAAGGAAGAUUAAACUAUAAAAAAAUUACUAAUGGAGGGUACCGCAGUCAAGCAGUUUUUAAAGAGAGAUGGUUUCGACUUAUCAACAAUUACCUUUUUUAUUUCAAGAUAAGUGAGAUGGGUAAAUUUGAUACAAAAAAUCCAGCUGGAAUAUUUGUGCUGGAGAAUUCAUCAAUACAAAUGGAGCAUGGACAAAGCAUACCUUUUUCGUUUUCUAUAUCAUUUAUAGAUGAACCAGAAAAACGUCAUGUUUUCGCUGCACGUGCAGAAGACAAUGUAGUCCAAUGGGUCAUAAAGUUAAGAGAAUGCUCCUAUGAAUAUUUACGAAGUAGAUUACAUACACUGCAAUCAAAAAUAUUUUCCAUAACUGGCAAGGACCCACUUCUGCUGGUACCUAGAAACGAGGGCGCGUGUUUGUGGGCGCCGGCCGUGCCCUUCUCCACCACGCCGGCCUGCACGGUCAAUACCGUCUUGAACUCCUUCAGCUGCCAUCUUCACACAAAUGGUGCUUUCACCCUUGAGAGGAGCAAAUCGGAUGUUCAAGCGCACAAGCAUUUUAAAGCAGAGUACUCGAAAAAGACCACGUUCUAUACUGACGAUUAUCUUAAAUCGAACAAUGAAGUGAAGGAAGAUGUACCGAGUAAUAGUUUUGCACUAGAAAGAAGUAAAACGGCAGCCUUGUUUACGGGCAACGCGAAUGAAAUUGAUAUAUCCAUUUUUGACAACCGGCCGGCAUAUUCGCGAGCGGCGCCGAGUCCACCCGUUAGAAAGAAAUUGUCACCGUCCACUAGACGAGCCGAAAUAAAUUGUGAUCUAAAAUUACUUAAAGAACAAGGCAAACUUUUGGGUUCUACCGGUAUCUUAGAUGAAGCUCCCAUUCCCCCUAGAAGAAAAAUGUCUCCUAAAACAUCAGAUGUUCAUAUUACUCAAAAUAUAGCGAACACUAGUCAAUCCCAAGACACUAGUGAAGAUCUUAUUAAGUUUUAAAGUAGAAAUUUAUAAGAAUAAUGUUUAUCCCACCUGCUGAUACAUCUAUGUGGAACACACUUGCCUCAAUAUUUUUAAUAAGGUUAUAUCGUGUAAUAUUACAGAAAAUAUUGUACUGUUUACAAAGGAUAUUUGUACUGUAUGCUCAAUACAUCAUGCAAUUAUUCACCAUAUUCAUUAUGUUACUUUGUAUUUUUUCAUGUCUAGUGGGCAUGAUGUGUAAAUGCCUGUAUGUACGAGGGUAGGUCAAAAAGUUCGCGGAAUGACGGGUAAAACGAGGAGUAAGAAAUUUUAUGAACUUAACUCACAAUUAUUUUUGGUUUUUAAUUUAUUCUUUCUUUAGCAUAAUACAAUUAUUAAA